GGGAAGCAGCCGUUUAGCUACGUGACGCACACAACAAUAGUUCACCAAAUUUCGAAAUUAAGCGUAAUUAUAGUCUAAUAUAAAUACUUUUGCUAGUGUAAAUUGCGCAUUACUGCAGUUUCUAUUUGCGAACAACGCCGAAGUAACGCUAAAGCGUACGUAACGAUUAUAACGUUAGCGGAGAUAGUUUACUUUUUUCGACAUGAGAGGGGGUUCUUCCUACGGAGACAGAGACAGAGACCGUGGACGAGACAGGCCACGGUUUGGGCCCAUGAGCAGCCGGAGUGGACCUCCACCUAUGAAGUUUGGGAAUCCAGGUGAGCGUCUCCGUAAAAAGAGGUGGAACCUGGACGAGCUGCCAAAAUUUGAGAAGAACUUCUAUGGUGAACAUCCAGAAGUCCAGCGCAUGAGUCAGUAUGAUCUGGAAGAAUUUCGCAGAAAGAAGGAGAUCACGGUCAGAGGCUCCGGCUGUCCAAAGGCGGUCACUGCCUUUCACCAUGCACAGUUUCCUCAGUAUGUGAUGGAUGUGCUGUUGCAGCAGAACUUCAAGGAGCCAACAGCAAUCCAGGCUCAGGGCUUUCCUGUGGCCCUGAGCGGCAGGGACAUGGUGGGGAUUGCCCAGACUGGCUCCGGAAAGACACUGGCGUAUCUUCUUCCUGCUAUUGUACACAUCAACCACCAGCCCUAUCUGGAGAGGGGAGAUGGCCCAAUUUGUCUGGUACUCGCUCCGACCAGAGAGCUGGCUCAGCAGGUUCAACAGGUUGCAUAUGACUACGGCAAGUCUUCCCGGAUCAAAAGCACCUGUGUCUACGGUGGAGCACCCAAAGGACCACAGAUUCGAGAUCUCGAGAGGGGUGUUGAGAUCUGUAUCGCCACCCCUGGUCGCCUUAUUGACUUCCUGGAGAGUGGGAAAACUAACCUGCGGCGCUGCACCUACCUCGUGCUGGAUGAGGCUGACCGCAUGCUGGACAUGGGCUUUGAGCCACAGAUUCGCAAGAUAGUGGACCAAAUCAGGCCAGACAGACAGACUCUGAUGUGGAGUGCAACCUGGCCAAAGGAGGUUCGGCAGCUUGCCGAGGACUUCCUGAGGGACCACAUUCAGAUUAAUAUUGGUGCUCUGGAGCUCAGUGCCAACCACAACAUCCUGCAGAUUGUCGAUGUCUGCAUGGAGACUGAAAAGGACCAGAAACUUUUUCAGCUGAUGGAGGAGAUAAUGGCUGAAAAAGAGAACAAAACAAUCAUCUUUGUGGAGACGAAGAAGCGUUGUGAUGAUCUUACCAAGAGGAUGAGGCGGGACGGGUGGCCAGCCAUGUGUAUCCAUGGAGACAAGAGCCAGCCUGAAAGAGACUGGGUACUCGGAGAAUUUCGGAGUGGCAAAGCUCCGAUACUGAUUGCUACAGAUGUGGCCUCUCGUGGUCUGGAUGUGGAAGAUGUCAAGUUCGUCAUCAACUAUGACUAUCCCAGCUGCUCUGAGGAUUACGUGCACCGUAUUGGACGUACGGCCCGCAGUACCAACAAGGGCACUGCCUACACAUUCUUCACCCCAGGGAAUUUGCGCCAGGCGCGAGACCUUGUCCGGGUGCUAGCGGAGGCCCGGCAGGCCAUCAACCCUAAACUGCUUCAGCUGGUGGAAUCUGGGCGUGGUGGUGGAGGAGGCGGUGGCAGAAUGCGUUACCGUGGCAGCAGCUCCAACAACCCUAACCUCAUGUACCAGGGAGAGUGUGAUCGCCGCAUGCACGGUGGUGGCGGCAGCAAGGACAGCCGCGGUGGCUUCGGCCGUGAUAGCCGCAACAGCCGUGAUGGAGACCGCUCCACUUCCUCCGCCUCUUCCUCCUACAGGGACAGAAGCCGGGAUCACAGGAACAGCUACAACUCAAGCUCAGAUCAGUACCAGAGUUACAACAGCGGCGGAGGCUACAACACACGCAGCGGAGGCCAGUCUGGGGGAGGUCAGGAUCAGUCUAACCAGCAGCAGGGUCAGUUUGGCCAGCCUCCUGCUCCUCCUCCUCCUCCUCAAUCAUCAGGGGGGCUGCAGCCUCUGAUGGCUCAGCAGUUUGUACCACCACAGCCAGGGCUUAUGGGCUUCAUGGGUCAACCACCUUUCCCUUUUGCUUCUCCACCCCCUCCUCCCCCAGGCCCUCCACCUCCCCGGAAGUAGAAUCAUGAGCAAGAGGCACUGAGUUAAUUUGCGCAGCUUAGUGUUUUCACAGUUUAACUUUAUAUUUACUCUCCAACUCUUGUCAUCACCAAGAGGCGGGGAUUUGAAAAGGCGGUAUCUAAGGAGGUAAGGGCUUAUAUUUUUCUAUUUGUUUUGUACUUUUAAAAAUGUAUAGACCUGGAACUUUUCCCUUUAAUUUUGUCAACCUAGAUCGUCACUCUCCACAGCCUCAUACAGGUGCUCUCAACCAUGUACCAGGGAGGAACAAGUGUCUUGUGUUUUCAUUUCAGUCAAACACUGCAGCAGUGGAUUUCACCAGUUUGUUGUCCCUCUAGUCUAAAGAUACACAAUGCAGGAUUUUCCUAAAAAAAAUAAAUAAAAAAAAUAAAUAAUUUUGCUAUAAUUGGGACAUCUUUUUUUCAGUUUUCUUUUUUUAUUUUCCUUUAAAUGCAAUGGUAUCUCACUGGUACUGCAAGUAGGCUUGGGCGGUAUCUGUGUUUUAAUACCUCUGAUAGGUAUCUGUAUCGGGAGGAAAAAAGUAGUGUGGGAACAUCUUUGAUAAAAAGAUGGUGACAAGGUGCCAGAAGCGCAGAAAAAAACCUGCAAAUGGUAGCAAAACCGGGGUUGUUGUUUACCUUCAAGGGACGAUAAUGUUUAGAAACAUUAGUUGACAGUUCCUGCAUAGCGUACCUUUAAAUUGUGUUGACAAUUGAAUGAAAGCUAUCUUACACUGAGGCCUCAGUGGUACAUGGGUGAAAGAGCUGAUCUAUGGGGAAAAAUGAUCCCUAAUAUAUGCAGUCACAUUCCAGAGCCUCGUCCUGUUCCAGCUUUUAUUAAUAUUCAAAAUCUCCAACUUAUUUUGUUUGAGGUUUUGACCACCAACAUAUGGUAAUUAUUCAAUUAAUUUUGGGCUUGUGUUAUUCCAAACAUUGAAGUAAUGCAUCCCGGUGGUGAAUCUUUUUCCGUAGUGUUGAUACCAUGCAACCACUAUUUUAGUUUCUUUUUUUUUUGUGUGUGUAAUGAACUGUUGCGUUAGGUUUAAAAACAUUUACUCUUUACUUCUAUCAUGUCCUGUAGCAAGUCAAAACUUUUGUUUCUAUUAACUUUUAACUGUUUAACUCAUAUUGUUAAUGCAGGUUUAUCUUCAUGUGGAUUGUUGACUUUAUUGUGGUUUGUUUGCUCUUUUAUUCAUUGUUCUUUUUUUCUUAAUAAAUAAAUCUAAGCAUU